AUGCCGCCCGACACGCACUCCUCUCUCCCCCUUCUGGACCCCUCCGCCUCCGCCUCCGCCUCCGAUGACCGCGGCCGCCGACGCCCCGCCUCCCCUGGCCACCCCUUCCUCCACGACCCCUCUUCCUCAUACGACACCGACCCUGAAUUCGACCUCUCAGCAGCCGACCGCCCGCCCUUACCACGCCGAACAACACCCACCUCCCUCCGCUCCCUCACCCCCGUCCCCAUCUCUUCCCAAGCCCUAGCUCUCGACUCCCGCCUCCGCUACCGCCUCGCAGCCUUCUUCCUGGUGGUAUCUCUGGUAGCAUUCACCGUGCAAACGGAACUCGCUUCCAUCGUCCAACACGAUCUAGGCUGGGAUAAGGCUUACUGCAUGUUAUACCUGACCCACGGCAGCUGGGUCUUCUUAUUCCCCUUGCAGCUUGGUGUGCUGAGGUUGAUGAAGCGGGAUAUUGCCUGGCGACAAUUUUGGCGCGGGGUGCUUUGGGAUGUGCGGGUUGUGGGGGGGAUGGUUCAGUAUCAGAAGCUGGACGUGCAAACUUCAAGAGGAGGACGGGGACAAAGUGGAAGGGCAGGGGGGAGUCCAUGGCGAUAUCUAGCCUGGACAACAGCGGGAAUCACCUGCGCCUUGACCGUCGCCGGGCUAAGUUGGUAUCUGGCAGUCAGCAUGACCACCCCGUCCGAUCUCACUGCCAUCUACAACUGCAGCGCCUUCUUCGCAUACGCAUUUAGUAUUCCUUUGCUAAAAGAGAAGCCGCGGAUGGGCAAGAUCUUGGCUGUAGCCAUCGCCAUCAUCGGCGUUUUGGUGGUUGCAUACGGCGACGGCACCGACACUGACACCGACACCGACUCCGACACCGACUCUGGCCCAGGAGGAGAAAUCCCCAGCGGCACGCGGUUCCUAGGCAACCUAAUCAUAGGCGUCGGCUCCGUCCUCUACGGGCUCUACGAAGUCCUCUACAAGCGCUUCGCCUGUCCACCCUCCGGCACGUCCGCUUUUAGGAGCGUAACGUUCGCCAACACCUUCGGUAGCAUGAUCGGGCUCUUCACCAUUUUCGUUCUAUGGAUCCCUAUCCCAAUCUUGCACUGGACGGGCAUCGAGCCCUUUGAGGUUCCCACGGGCAGAGCGGCGUGGUUAUUGUUCUGGAGCAUUGUCAUGAACAUGAGUUUUGCGGGGUCGUUCCUGGUGUUGAUUUCCUUGACGAGUCCGGUAUUUAGCUCCGUGGCGAGCUUGUUGACGAUUUUCAUUGUUGCGGUAUCGGAUUGGUUUGUCACGGGCAAGCCGCUGAGCGGGGCAAGCAUGCUGGGUGGGGUGUUUAUUAUGGUGGCGUUUGGGGUGUUGAGUUGGAGUACUUGGAAGGAAAUUGAGGAGGAGGAGGAGGGUAAAAGGAGGAGGGCGGUUGCUGCUGAUAGGAGUGAGGAAGACGCGGAGAGUGGCAGUGACAAGGACGAGGAUUAG